CAGCCUGCGCAGAAGAGGAGUGAGGCGCGCGCGAGAAGCAGAGAGAGAGAGAGAGAGAGACAGAGACGGAGAGCGCGAGCGCGAGCUGGGGAUUUGUCCGCGAGACAGAGCGAAGUGAGGAAGAGGAGGACUGCGCGCGCUGUGAGGAGUAUAUGAGGAGUUACCGCGCGUGCUCUGUGACGCAGAAGAGGAUUUUUUUAUUCUUUCUGUUUUUCUUUUCCUGGCCAUGUUUCUGACCAGCCGCCCUGCCCGGACUCUCUGAGGGAGCUUCCGGUGCUGACGCAGUGGGAGCGCGCGCACACGGGAGUAAGCACGGAGAAAUGGGUUUGGAGCAACGGAGGAGCUUUGGCACGUAACGCGCGCUGAAAGAGCGAGAGAGGGGGAGAGAGAGGGGGAGAGAGAGAGAGAGAGCGCGCGAGACAGAGACGGCACGCGCCUGUUUCGGAAAUGUUUGUGCUAGUGCUCGUGCUCUCGCUCGCGCAUGGAGGGCUCGCGCAGCUUCGUUACUCGGUUCCGGAGGAGCAGGAGCGCGGCACGUUGGUGGCCAACAUCGCCGAGGACCUGGGGCUGGACGUGACGAAGCUGCACGCGCGCCGCUUCCAGACGGUGCCCAGCUCGCGCACGCCCUACCUGGAGGUGAACGUGGAGAACGGCGCACUGGCUGUGGGCGCGCGCACCGACCGCGAGGAGAUCUGCCGCCAGAGCGCGCAGCAGCAGCAGCCGUGCCUGCUGCACCUGGAGGUGUUCCUGGAGAACCCACUGGAGCUGUUCCGCGUGGAGGUGGAGGUGCUGGACGUGAACGACAACGCUCCCGUCUUCCCCUCCUCCGACAUCGUGGUGGAGAUCACGGAAAGCGCCACGCCUGGCACCCGCUUCCCCCUGGAGAGCGCCGCCGACCCGGACGUGGGCACCAACGCCCUGAGCGGCUACGCCAUCACCGGCAACGAGUACUUUUCCCUGGACGUCCAGACGCAGGGUGACGGCAACCGCUUCGCCGAGCUCGUUCUCGAAAAGCCGCUGGACCGCGAGCGCCAGGCUGUCCACCGUUACGUUCUGACGGCGGUGGACGGCGGCCAGCCGCAGCGCACUGGCACUGCCCUGCUGGUGGUGCGGGUGCUGGACUCCAACGACAACGCGCCCGUGUUUGACCAGCCCGUCUACACCGUCAACCUGCGGGAGGACGCGGCGCCCGGAACGCUGGUCAUCCAGCUGAACGCUACGGACGUGGACGAGGGCACCAACGGAGAGGUCGUUUACUCCCUCAGCAGCCACAACCUGCCCAGCGUGCGCCAGCUGUUCGCUGUGGACGCCCGGAGUGGCCGCGUCGAGGUGGCGGGUGCGGUGGAUUACGAGGAGAGCAACACGCACCAGAUUUACGUGCAGGCGCGAGACAUGGGACCCAACGCUGUGCCGGCGCACUGCAAGGUGCUGGUAAAAGUGGUGGACGUGAACGACAACGCACCCGAGGUCAGCUUCAGCACGGUCAGCGAGACGGUCAGCGAGAGCUCCGCGCCGGGCACCGUGGUGGCCAUGCUGAGCGUGUCAGACAAGGACUCCGGGGAAAACGGCCAGGUGAGCUGUGAGCUGCUGGGCGACGACGCGGCGCCGUUCAAGCUGAAGCCGUCCUUUCGGAACUACUACACCGUGGUGACCGACGGCCAGCUGGACCGCGAAGCGGCCGACAGCUACACACUCACGGUGGUGGCGCGGGAUGGCGGGACUCCGCCCCUUUCCACGAGCAAGUCCGUGAGGGUGAGAGUGUCGGACGAGAACGACAACGCGCCUCGCUUCACGCAGCCCGCGUACGACGUCCACGUCAGCGAGAACAACGUGCCCGGCGCGUACAUUUACGCGGUCAGUGCGCUGGACCCGGAUCUGGGCGCCAACGCUCGCGUCAGCUAUGCUAUCGAGGAACGUGACAUCCAGGGAAUGUCUGUGCUCACGUACGUGUCCGUGAACUCGGACAACGGCUACCUGUACGCCCUUCGCUCCUUCGACUACGAGCAGAUCCGGGAGUUCAGCUUCACCGUCAGCGCCCGGGACUCCGGCGACGAGCGCCAGCUGGCGGACAACGCCACCGUUCGGGUCGUGGUCGUUGACCAGAACGACAACGCGCCAAGCAUCAUCGCCCCCAUGGCGCAAAACGGCACCGCUCAGGAGCGCCUGCCGCGGACCGCCGAGCCGGGUUACCUGGUGACCCGAGUGAUCGCCACGGACGCAGACGACGGAGAGAACGCCCGGCUGUCCUACAGCGUGGUCAGCGGGAACGAGCUGGGCAUGUUCAGGAUGGACUGGCGCACCGGAGAGCUCCGCACGGCGCGGCGCGUCGGAUCCAAAAAGCGUGACCCCACGCAGCGGCCCUACGAGCUGCUAGUGGAAGUGCGUGACCACGGGCAGCCGCCGCUGUCCGCCUCAGCCACCAUCAGCAUCGUGCUGGUGGACGCAGUGGCCGGAGGCGCGUCCGGCCGCUCGGAGAAGGGCGGACACGCGCUGGGCGGUCACAGCGAGGGCACACUGGACCUCACGCUCAUCCUCAUCGUGGCCCUCGGCUCCGUCUCCUUCAUCUUCCUCCUGGCCAUGAUAGUGCUCGCCGUGCGCUGCCGCAAGGACAAGAAGCUCGGCGCGCGCUCCUGCCUCACCAGGGGCGGGGACGACUGGUGCGCGUGCUGCGCGUGCACGUGCUGUGGAGUGAGCGGCGGCGGCGGGGUCGGCGCGGGGGCGCGCCGCGCGCGCAAAAAGAAGAAGCUGAGCAAGUCGGACAUCAUGCUGGUCCAGAGCGCGGCGGGCCAGAACGCGCACGCGCAGGUGCCCGUGGAGGAGUCGGGAAGCUUCGGCGCGCGCCACCUCCACCGCAGCGCGCAGAACUACUGCUACCAGGUGUGUCUGACGCCCGAGUCCGCGAGCACCGAGCUGAUGUUCCUCAAGCCCGGCGGCAGCUCGGACGGCGCGGUGGGCGCGAGCUUCGCGGAGCAGCAGCAGCAGCAGCCGGACAUCAUCUCCAACGGCAGCAUUCUGUCCGGCGAGACUAAACACCAGAGAACCGAACUCAGUUACCUGGACAGACCACGGCGCGUUAACAGCUCAGCAUUCCAGGAGGCAGAUAUAGUGAGCUCUAAAGACAGCGGGCAUGGAGACAGUGAGCAGGGGGACAGUGACCACGACGCCACAAACAGAGGGCACUCCACCGGUCAGUAUAAAGCAUUUAAGAACACUCAUUGUAGCUCAGAGGUCUCAUGUUUACUGACAGAUAUAUUUUGGCUGUAAAUGAGUAAGAGGAAG